CUCACAAUGGAUUGCAUCCAUUUUCUUGUGAAAAUGGCGGCUACUAUGGUCUUUCAAAUUGGCACAGAGACUGUUAGCCGUAGUUAUGAUGUCUCAGAUGCCAGUAAAAAUACCUCGAUAACCAAAAUUGUGUCAGCUUUAAAAGAAAUGCGUCAAAGUACAGACCAUGUUUUGAACCGGUUCGUUGAAGCAGAAAAGAUUGCAGCUAACAACGAAAACGUUUCAGAUGGUGGUACUCCUCAAAGCAAGGAUGAUGAUGAGGAUGAUGAUGAUGAUGAUGAUGACAGAGAUGAGAGUGUUGAAGCAGAUGCCGAGGAUGAAAAUAACCAUCUCCAAAAUCUAGAACCAGCUACUAAAAGGCUAAAAGAAGAUUCCCUUGAAUGAUAUUUUGCAAAUGGUGCUAUACUGGCAAACUAACCAGUCAUGCUAUGGUAAAUCCUCUUUUUAGUUCCCUGUGAUUCAAAACUAUUGCUUUCUAAAAGAGGUGCCUUCAGGUGGAUAGACAUUGGAAAGAAAUAUCAAGAAAUAUUUUGAGAAUAAUUGCAUUCAAUUGAUGGUAUUUAUCAGAAGCAUAUUAUCUUAAAGAUAAAUUAGUGUGGAUGUUAAGAAGAUCUGGGCCUUUAAUAAGGGAAUACUAUACAAAUUUAAAUGUCCAGAUGGGCUUGCCCCCAGCUCAGUUUAAGAGUUUUGAACAAUUUCCUGUUAGUUUUGUAAAUUAUUUUGCAUAUUUGAUGUAUUCUUCAAGCAAGUUUAGGUGAAGUACAUGUGA